AUGAAUUUUCGUACUCAACUUGUAAAUGGAAAGCCAGCUAUUUAUUUUGACCAAAUCGAAAAACAAGAACCAAUAGUUCGAACAGCGAAAACAAAGAAAACAAACCGUGCAAUGAUUAAUAACAAUCGUCUUUUAGUAGAUGAUAAAACAAAAUCAUUAAAUACCAGCAAUACUAAUAACAACACUCCAGGAAAAAACGCUAUUCUCAAACAAUCUAAACAACAACAACCAAAUCGCACAGAAAAAGAGAAAAACAAAACAAAAGUUCAUGUUAACGAAGAUGGAACGUCACUUGGCGUGUAUAUGACAAUGGAUGAAUUAUCAGAGUUGGUUAAAGCUGUCAAAGAGAAUUCCAAAGAAAACGAACAGCAUCAAUAUCAUCAAUCAAAUGAUGUUCGUCUUGAUUUACCACUGUCGAAUGGUUCCGAUUAUUCGACCACAAAAAAUUAUCAGUUAGAUAAUGAUUCUACAAUGACGAAACGUGAUCCGGGUAGUCUAUUGGCUGAUAAAAAACGACAGAAAUGGUUGAGAGAAAAAGUUGAAAUGGAUCGAAUGAAAUUAGAAGUUGAAUAUGAUCAACUGAAACAUCAGCUUAUUGCUUCAAAUGAGCAACCACCUUCACCAGGACGUCCAAAAUAUGGUUACGUAAACGCUUUUUCUUCGAAACCGCCUCUGCCCAGCGUUCCAACCCCAGGUCCUCCCUUACCGCAAUCAUUACAAUCUAAUAAUGUUGGAUAUCAACAUAUGCACAAAGUAGAAGAUGACAAUAAAUAUGAGCCGAAAACACAGUUAAUGGAAAAAAAACAACAGCAAUGGAAACAAGAAAACGGUAGUUUACAUGGAUUCUUUUAUAAAUAA